AUGCGGAAGGAGCUACAUAUGCGAAGUAAAUGUAGUGAUGCUAAACUACCUCGGUCAGAGUGUUGGAUGCAGCGGCAAUACAAAAGGAUUGUGGUUAUCCUCGUAGAUGCUCUCCGUUAUGAUUUUCUAAUUCCGCUAGAACACAGUGCUCCUAAAUCUUUUUAUCGCGGACACAUGCCCGGUGUCAAAAAAUUGCUGGCUCGUGGGGCACAAAUCGGCUUAUUUCUUGCGGAUCCACCUACCACCACGUUGCAAAGAAUCAAAGCGAUCACCACAGGAACGCUUCCCACGUUCAUCGAUGCGGGCGAUAAUUUUGCUCCAAGCGCUCACAUCAACGAAGACAACAUAUUUUUUCAAGCCCGCAGUAGUAACCUCAAUGUAACUUUCAUGGGAGAUGAUACAUGGACUUCUCUAUACCCAAACAUGUUUACUCGUGCCCAUCCAUUUGAUAGUUUUGACAUCAACGACCUCACCACUGUCGAUGCGGCUGUAAAAGAACUGCUUAGAGACGAGAUGAUUUCGCAGCCUUCGGCUAAUCUCAUUGUUGCGCAUGUGCUUGGCGUAGAUCACUGUGGUCACAAAUAUGGACCCAAUCAUAUACAGAUGACUAACCAGCUGAGAAAGGUGGACGAAAUUAUUUUUGAAACGGCAAAUGAAUUGUUCAACGAUGAAUUGCUUAUUGUGCUCGGAGAUCAUGGGAUGACAUCUACUGGCGAUCAUGGAGGUGAUAGCGAUGAUGAGAUCAAUGCAGGGUUGCUUAUUUUCUCACCUGGGCGAACAUUUCCACCAUUGAAAGAAGGUCUACGACAGAUCGAUCUUGUGCCUACACUUUCCUUAUUGCUCGGUUUACCCAUCCCUUUUUCGAAUCUGGGAAUAGUGAUAGACUCGCUAUUUCCGCAAAAUCUAUCCAAACAGGCUAUCGCCUUGAAUUAUGAACAAAUGCGAAGGUUUGCAAACACAUACGCCGCAGCCAAUCCAUCAUUUGAAAUUGCCGAGAUCAUAUUACACGACACAGCCAAUUCUGAAGAGCAGCUGAGGACAAUGCAGCGUUUACAAGCUUCUCUUCGGGCAGCAUGGACCCAAUUUGACUUGGGACUUAUGAGACUUGGAGUGUUAUCGUUUGUGGAAGCUUUGCUUUACACUCUCUCGUCUCGUCCUUUAUCGGCAGCACAGUCUGUGAUCAGAUCCGGUUGCCUGCUGCUGCAGCUAUCUGUCAUAUUUGGGGGAUCAAAUGACAGUCCGGCAGUGCCUCUGUUGCUGGCUGUCCUACCAUUGUCCAUUCUGCAUUCUUUGAUUUCCAUUGUUUCUGACCUGCUGACUCUGCGAUUUCUAUCUUUUCCACGGCUGUUUGCUCAUGCUUGCGUUUUUAUUCAUGCAUCAUCAUUCUUGUCGAACAGUUUCGUGGUCUGCGAGGCCGAGGUUGUGAGAUUCUUGGCGCAGAGCAUUCUUUUGGUUAGCACAGGAGCGAGAGUAGUGAAUGGAUAUAUUGAUCAUCAUCGCAAAGUCGUUGCGCAUACUAACUUGUUGAUGCAUAUCCUAUCAAUAUGUAAUGCUUGGGAUUUGGGGGUUUUGUUAGUUUCCCUCGUGCUGCUUCGGAUGGAACCGCUCUUCCAUCGAUGUAGAGAAGAAGAGAUCGGUUGCGAGCAGUAUAUGCCACUGGAGCCUAUAUCAUCCUUGUCUCCUGAUGCGCUUUUCUGGCGAUUUUUAUUGGCGACGGGUGUCAUCUACUCGCUCAACUAUCUCAUGAGCCGGAUACUACCCGAUAAUCUUCCCAACUCUGUCAGAAUUGCUCGGUCUCUGUCAUGGCCUGUUCAUGCAUUUAUCACGUUCUACCAUCUGAUACAGCUUGUACCUCAUAAUGAUUCCAUGCAAAAGCGUAUACAACUUAUGGGAAUCGUUCUAGCAAUUGGUGUCUAUGUGAUGUCCGCUGCUGCAGCCUUCAUGUGUAUCUGCACAAAAAACGGCCCCAAUCGUGCAGUUUAUCUCUGUUUUGUUCAUGCAUUGUGUUGGCCGUUGCUACUUUUGCUCGGUGAUGGUCUGCAACCUUCUUUGGUAGCCUUUUUGAUCAUUCUCUAUGGAUCCAUACACCUAACCAGUGAAGCUGUGCUUCCACUGCUCCUCUCUAUAUUAAUUCCCUUCGGUUUCUACCUCACCGGACAUUCCCCCACAUUAUCAGCAAUUCCUUGGCAAGCCGCUUUUGUAGGGCUUCCUGGCAAUUUCCCUCUGCCAGCAUACUCAGAAGACAUUUGA